AUGGAAAACUCUGAAAACACAGGACCUGUCACAAAUGGAGAAUUCGGGUCUGUCCUUGAAGAGCUCCUAGGCUUUUUGGAACGCUAUCAGGAUGAUGGCUGUGUUACCCUUGAGGAUGCUAUUAUACGAAUGCACAAACAAGAUGACUCCCUUAACUUUCUUUAUACCGAGAUGCUUCCUCGCACUACUCAGGCCUUACACGAUCACAACAUGCUCUCAGAUAUUGGCAUCGAUGAGUUGCCUACAGGAUCUGCCUGGAUUGAGUUACGUGAUCAGAUCAAGGAGCACGGGCAAGCCAUGGCAUCAAACAGUGCCUCUGUAGAACCUGCUUCGGCUCCAGAGGAUGCUGGUACUGUUAACAAUCCGGCGGCACUGGAGAGUAUUCAGACUUUGGAUAACCACAUCGCCCCAAUAAAUGCCGCGACGUCAGGGAAUAUCCUUCUUUCAAGGGACAGCUCAAUUCCAGACAACGCUACCACAUUAAAGGCCGCCGAGGUUCUAAAUACUGUCGACAAUCUAGAGAAUCACGCGGUUCCAGAGGAUGUCGAGAUACUCUCUCAGUCUUUUCAAUUAUGGGCCAGCGACCCAAUCUCAUUCUGGAAUGGGCCGACUAUACAAAGGCCUGGUAUAGCAGGGAUUAUGAUGUUCCACGUCGAGAGUGAACGGAUUCUCGGUGUCCAACACAGAUUCAAUUGCGUUGUAGCUUAUCUUUUUUUCGACCGAUAUUUCCAGUCUCAAUACAUUACAAAGGGCAAAGUGAUACAACUUCUACAACGUUCUGGCGGGUCGGCGGAUCAUGAAGCUCAUUUUUCAGAUCUUAUACAAACUGGACAAAGAUGCGUACAAUUCUGCCAGCAACUUCAACCAGAUAUGGGCAAUGUCGACUACGGCCCCAUAUUUCGCCUAGAUAUCCAAGACAAGAUAUGGAGCCGGCGAGACAGUCACUUUCGAAAAAAGUUCAAACUAUCCUUGGAAAAGUUUCGAUCUCAGAACGUUGGGAGAUGGUCUGAGACUUCCGGGGCUCGAUCGGCCGCUAAAGCUAUUAUUGAAGUCUUCAUCACCGACGACGAUCAACCCCCUAAAGAACAAGGUGGUGAAACUUCCCGAGGAGGACGACAGGAUUUCUUUCGUCGAGCGCAGAGUUCGUAA